CCCGGGAAGGCGUCCGCUCAGUCCGCGCUGGCCUGCCUCCUCUUCCUCCGGAGCAAGAGGCAAGGCGAGGGAGAGCCUCUCCAUCUCCGAAGGAAGCCGAAGGGCCACCCUUCCCAGUUGCCCAAGAGCUGGGACCCUCGGCUUGGAGCAGAGACCGGGAGCAGUAGGUGCUUGGUUCCUUUCUCAGGCUUCUCUGCUAUCAUGGGUAGCAAGACUUUGCCUGCCCCAGUGCCCAUCCACCCUUCCCUGCAACUCACCAACUACUCCUUCCUUCAAGCUUUCAAUGGCCUUCCUGCAGUGCCUUCAGACCACUUGCCAAAUCUAUAUGGCUUCAGUGCUCUCCAUGCUGUCCACCUUCACCAAUGGACCCUGGGCUACCCAGCCAUGCACCUGCCACGCUCCUCCUUCUCCAAAGUGCCUGGUGUUGCCAGCCUAGUGGAUGCCCGAUUCCAGCUGCCAGCCUUCCCUCUCUUCCCCCACGUCAUCCAUCCCAAGCACGAAGCUGCCACUCUGCCUCUCAAAGUCAAGCCCAGAUUUGAUUUUGCCAAUCUUGCUGUGGCAGCCACCCAAGAGGACCAUACCAAAUUGGGACAGAUGGAGAGUCAAGGCUCCCCUUCUGGCUUGGGCUCCUUGCUUGAUGUCACCAAACUUUCCCCUGAGAAGAAGCCCACCCGAGGCAGGUUACCUUCCAAAACCAAGAAGGAAUUUGUCUGCAAAUUCUGCGGCAGACACUUCACCAAGUCCUACAACCUUUUGAUCCAUGAACGAACCCACACAGAUGAGAGGCCAUACACGUGCGACAUUUGCCACAAGGCCUUCAGAAGACAAGAUCACUUGAGGGAUCACAGAUAUAUCCACUCCAAAGAAAAACCAUUCAAGUGUCAAGAAUGUGGGAAAGGAUUUUGUCAGUCCAGGACUCUUGCUGUUCACAAGACGCUGCACACACAAGUAAAGGAACUGAAACCUUCCAAGAUGAAAUGCUGAAGCUUCUCAUCCCCAUGAACUUAACCUUCCUCCAGAUUCUAUAUUUUUUGAUCAAAUUCUUGACAUAGACAACAGGGAGCACUAACCAUGAUUAAUUUAAGUAUCUUUAAAGGAAAGGAAAACAAACCCCAAAGCCCUUUUUACAUGCAAACACAGCCUUUUUUUGAAACCUGGGUGCUUCAGAGUGCAACUCUUGCAUGACCCGUCAAAAGGUGGUGCUCAAGCUUUGAAGAGGAAUCUUCACGUUCAGAGGCGAAACAAACACCAAAAGUAGCUUCCUGAAGCGUUUGCUUUUUUGUUUUAAAUGCAUUUUUCUUUGUGUGUGUGUGCGCUUGCAUCUGACUGUUUGAAGACAGCUGCUUCAGAAGAGGAAAUCAUAACAGCAACGGGCUUCAGAUUUUCAGGCCCUUCUGUUGAGAUGGGAAGGAAAACCACUGAUAAACUGUGUUUGAAAACAAGAGGCAUUGGUCAAAAUGGUCCCACAAAGCAUCACCCAACAGGGAUCUUGCAGCCCCCAUUACAGAUUUGAACAUCUUCUCUGAUCAUUUGGUCUCCUUUGCCACAUAUUCUGGGCAGUGGUGCUGGGGAGCUUUGUGUAUGUGUUUCUGCUCUAGUGCCUUGGGAAGUGGUUUGUAAUUUGUGGAUGUCUUUAAACAAAGGAAAAGCAAUAGCCACCCAAAGUGGGAAAGCAGGCAACAAUAAACCAAAGGGACUGCUGCAUACAGUGGGGUGGUGGAGCCGCGUGGUACUUUCAGUUUGUAGCAUGAGUCCGGAUGAGGAGCGAAUGGAUUUGUGGAGGUGGGGUUGACAAAUCUCAUCCUGAGAGCUUUAUCUAAAGUCAUUUUUUUUGAAACAGUGUAAAAAUAUGAGACAUUCCAAUAUGUUUUUGGUUAAGAUUAUUGCUAUUUGGCACUUUAUGCUGAUUCUUGAUAAUGAACAUUUAUCACUGGAUUUAUUUGGGUUUUUUAAGUAUUAAAAUAAAUUGGUAUUUUACAGGCAAAA